GUCAGACGCAUGGUUUUGAACGUAGGAGCUGGUGUGUGAAAGCUGAGGAAGAAAUAUAUGGUAGGGAAAUAGCGACUUAACACCGUUUGCAAGUACAGGAUAACCAAGAGCUAAUGCUAACAACUGUAUUCUAACAAUGGUACGUGUGGAUAACUAACGAUCUGCAGUCACACUGAGGUAGCCUAGCUUGUUUGCCUUUCUCCGCUGGUUUCUUCUAUUGAAUCCUCACACCUCCACCGAGCUGCCACCAUGUUGAGGAGCCUGGUCAGACUCCAGAGUCAUGUUAGAAAGCCUCUCAGCAAAGUGUGCCCAGGAAGUCAGCCCCCUCUGUACUCCACAGCAGCAUCAGGUACAUCAGAGAGGAGGAAAUUCUACCAAGAUGUCAGCAUAUCCCAAGGUGAAGGUGGUGUAUUUGAGAUCAACCUGGACAGAAGGAAACUGAAAACCCCCGGAGGGAAGUUGUUCACAGUGCCCAAUGAAGCCCUGGCCAUCGCCGUUGCAACCGAGUGGGAUGCUCAAAGGGACACGCUCAAGUUCUACUCUAUGCACCUGACUACGCUUUGCAACACAGCUCUGGACAAUCCCACCCAACGAAAUAAGGACCAGAUGAUAAGUGCUGCUCUGAAGUUUCUGGAGACUGACACUGUCUGUUACAGAGUAGAUGAGCCUCAUGCUUUGGUUGAGCUACAGAAGAAUGAGUGGGACCCGGUGCUGCAUUGGAUUGAAAACAGAUACAACGUCACUAUCGGCUCCUCAUCCAAUAUUUUGGGUCCUGAGAUCCCAGAGCAGACCAAAGACACAGUCCGGCAACACCUGAAAUCGUACAACUUUUGGUCUCUGACAGGACUAGAGUAUGUGAUCACACAGCUGAAGUCUGUUGUGCUGUCGCUGGCAAUGAUUGACACACAUUUGAGUGUGGAGCAGGCAGUGCUGCUCUCCAGACUGGAGGAGGAAUACCAGAUUCAGAGUUGGGGAAACGUAGAGUGGGCGCAUGACUACGACACGUAUGAGCUGAGAGCCCGGACCGCUGCAGGAGUCCUUUUUGUUCACCUCUCAUCUGAGAGUUCGACUGUGAAGAGAAAACUCAUGCAGGACUGAGAAGGAUGAGCUCAAAUACAAAAACUCUAUGGGCACACAGCAAAUCUGCCCUCAAUCCGAGAUCCCCCAGAGUUCAAACGUUUAUCCGUGAUUCAUGAUUCUACAUCCAUGCAGACAGUCACCAUGCAUCCUCUUUGUUCUGUUUAGCAUUGACAGCCGUUCUGUCUGUGAUCUGUAACAGAGUCGUCUCUCACCAGCACAUCAUACUGGCUGUCUUUUCUGCCAUGUUUAUUUACGGCAGCUGCCAAGAGUGACACCGCUCUCAGAGUUUCCAGACGGUUCUCAGUCAUCCGUGACAUUUUGGCCACUGGUGACUACUGCUGUUGUCUGUUUGGUGGUGGAAUGUUAAUUCCACUGCUGCUUUAUUUUCUCUUUGCUACAUUUGAAUGCUGGAAGGUGCGUAAGAGGAUGUCUAGUUUGAACUGUGCUGUGUGUAGAUGACGUGGAAUCCUUUUGCAAUAAGUUAAACAUACUGCAUUCAA